AUGCUCUGUUUCGUCCAGGGGUUUGGAGAGGCAGAACACGCAUAUAACAAAAACCGUGAAAUAAAUGGAAACGUAUCAGAUUCCAAUUUAAAAUAUACUAAGGAACGUAAAAGAGUGUCAUUACAAACUAAUUAUAAAGAUACUGAAGAAGAUCAGGCGCUCGCUCAAAGUCGAAAGUCGCGUGCCCUUGUCACUGGAAAGUCAUUAAGGCUAUCAUCUGGCAACCGGUUUACUGAGGUGAAGAGGAGCUUUAGUGACCGAUUCUCUGUCAUUACUGAUGCGAGUAGCAAGAGGCCACCGAGGACACUCUUGACCAUUAGGAAAACUUGGUAA